CGGCCCGACAACUCCUCAUGGCGGCGGCGGCUCCUUGGGUGCGGCGCGGUGGUGAGUGAGCUGCGAGUCUGGCGGGCGUGCGCCGAGCCCCGGUCCGGCCUCCGUGUGCCCCCACGAGCAUCGCACCCCUGAUGCUGCGCGGGUGUUGAGUCCGCCCCUGCCGGGACGAUGGUGAAGUAUUUCCUGGGCCAGAGCGUGCUCCGGAGUUCCUGGGACCAAGUGUUCGCUGCCUUCUGGCAGCGGUACCCGAAUCCCUAUAGCAAACAUGUCUUGACGGAAGACAUAGUGCACCGGGAGGUGACCCCUGACCAGAAACUCCUGUCCCGGCGUCUCCUGACCAAGACCAACAGGAUGCCCCGCUGGGCCGAGCGACUGUUUCCUGCCAAUGUUGCUCACUCGGUGUACAUCCUGGAGGAUUCUAUUGUGGACCCGCAAAACCAGACCAUGACCACCUUCACUUGGAACAUCAACCACGCCCGGCUGAUGGUGGUGGAGGAACGAUGUGUUUACUGUGUGAACUCUGAUAACAGCGGCUGGACCGAAAUCCGCCGGGAAGCCUGGGUCUCCUCUAGCUUAUUUGGUGUUUCCAGAGCUGUCCAGGAAUUUGGUCUUGCCCGGUUCAAAAGCAACGUGACCAAGACUAUGAAGGGCUUUGAGUACAUCUUGGCCAAGCUUCAAGGGGAGUCCCCUUCCAAAACCCUCGUUGAGACAGCCAAGGAAGCCAAGGAGAAGGCCAAGGAGACGGCACUGGCAGCUACAGAGAAGGCCAAGGACCUGGCCAGCAAGGCGGCCGGCAAGCAGCAGCAACAGCGGCAGCACUUCGUGUAGCCAGCCCAGGCCCCGGGGCGGUGGGACACCUGACCACCUGGCUCUAGUCCCUCUGCCCUUCCUCCUCGUACUUUACUAGUAAAACUCAACUUCCAGCCCUUUCUGCUCUCUGGGAGGUGGGGGCCGGGGGGGUGGGGUGGCGGUUGGGGCUGGGUGUCCCUUUUGGCGCGGAGCCAUGGACAGCCCCAGGGAGGGGCGGUGGCUCGCUCGGGGGCACAGCGUGCAGGGGGAGGAAGCCUAGACUGUAAGCUCCGCGAGGGCAGGGGCCUUUGUUGCAUUCUCUGAUGUGUCUCAGGUACCUGGAACAGCAUCUGGCACAUAACAGGCACUCAAUAAAUAGUUCUUAGUCAGAAAGCUUUA